AUGGAAGCAGAAAACUACACAGAGGGUUCAGAAUUCCUCCUCUUGGGCCUCUCAGCUGAUCCAGAACUUCAGCCCUUUCUCUUUGGGCUGUUCCUGUCCAUGUACCUGGUCACCGUGCUUGGGAACCUGCUCAUCAUCCUGACCAUCACUUCUGACUCCCACCUGCACACCCCCAUGUACUUCUUCCUCUCCAACCUGUCCUUUGUGGACAUCUGUUUCACCUCCACCACGGUCCCGAAGAUGCUGGUGAACAUCCAGACACACAGCAGAGACAUUUCCUAUAAAGGGUGCCUCACUCAGAUGUAUUUUUUCAUGAUAUUAGGUGGACUGGAUAAUUUCCUACUGACCGUGAUGGCUUAUGACCGGUUUGUGGCCAUCUGUCACCCCCUGCACUACACGGUCAUCAUGAACCCCCGCCUCUGUGUUCUCCUGGUUCUAAUGUCUUGGUUUAUUAUUUCCUGUAUCUCCCUGGUUCACAUUUUGCUGAUAACACAUCUAACCUUCUCUAGAGGCACCAAAAUUCCACAUUUCUUCUGUGAGCUGGCUCAGAUUCUCAAACUGGCCUGUUCUGAUAUUCUCAUCAAUAAUAUCUACUUAUAUGUAACAACGGCACUGGUGUGUAUGUUUCCUGUCACCGGGAUCCUCUACUCUUACUCUAAGAUUGUCUCCUCUUUAAUGAAGAUGUCCUCCACCGCCAGCAAGUAUAAAGCUUUCUCCACCUGUGGGUCUCACCUCUGCGUGGUCUCCUUGUUCUAUGGGACAGCAAUGGGGGUCUACCUCAGUUCUGCCAUGACCCACUCUUCCCGGGGAAGCUCGAUCGCCUCAGUGAUGUACACCGUGGUCACGCCCAUGCUGAACCCCUUCAUCUACACCCUGAGGAACAAGGAUGUGAAGGGGGCCCUGGGAAGGCUCCUUACCAGAGAAGUCUCUUGUUUAUGA